AUGGAGAAUUUAGCAUCGAAUUUGAAUGAGAAGUUGACAGGAACUUCAUUCGAUGCAAAUUCUGAAAAGACGGCGGCGGCGAUCAAUCCAGGUGUUUUGCAUCAAUUUCGAAAAAUUCAAAUACCUUUAGCUAAAAUCGGACUUGGUUCAACCGAAGGAGAUCUGGUUCAAAUGGCGAAAAAAUAUCUCGAGAUAGUUGGACUAGUCCUGUUCGUUUGGAUCUUCGGUUAUUUUCAUUUCAGUGUCUCUUGGAUUUUGUUAGCUGUUUUCAUCUACUUGUUUCGUCAACGUCAGCGAACACAAUUCAAGGAAAGACAUAGAAUGUUAAGUGAAAUCAAUAAAAACGAAGAGCAAUACAUCAAAGCUCGUUUGGAUGAACUACCUUCUUGGGUUUUCUUCCCGGAUGUUGAACGAGCAGAGUGGGUUAAUAAAAUUAUCAAACAGGCAUGGCCGUAUGCAAAUAAAUAUAUGGAUAAAGCUAUAUUUCAUGAUAUAAUGAUUCCGAUGAUACGCAGCACUUCACCAGCGUUGUCGGACUUUUCAUUUGAAAAGCUCGAUCUUGGCGAAAUUCCACCAAGAAUCGGUGGUGUGAAAGUGUAUACGGAUAAUGUUCGAGAUCAAAUCAUGAUGGACAUCGAAGUUUUUUACGCUGGUGAUGCUCGUAUCAAAUCAAAAGUGAAAGGAAUCGUGUGUGGUAUCAAAGAUAUUCAAUUUGUUGGCGAAUUAAGAGUUAUUCUCAGUCCGUUGAUUAACACUAUCCCGUUGUUCGGUGCAGUUACCUACUUUUUCCUGCGAAAACCAAGUAUUGAUUUUAAAUUGACCGAUGCUGGAACACUAAUGGAUAUUCCUGGAUUGAAUGACUUAAUGCUCGUACAAAUCAAUGAUAUCGUUGCUUCAAUGAUGGUUUUGCCGAAUCGGCAAGUAUUUCCUCUCGUUACCGAUAUACCAAUCGGACACUUACGCUGGUCGAAUCCUCAAGGUGUUGUUCGAGUUAUCGUUAUUGAAGCACAUGAUUUAGUUAAAGCGGAUAUAACUCUUCUUGGUAAAGGAAAGAGUGAUCCAUUUGUUAAAGUGAAAACUCAAGGAAAUGUGGAAUAUAAAACCAAAACGAUGAAUAAUACUACUGACCCACGUUGGAAUGAAGUGUUUGAAUUUGCUGUCGAACAAAGUGAACGAGAUGUCGUGGACUUUGAAAUCUAUGACGAAGAUCCUGGUAAAGAUGAUUUUCUUGGAAGAGCACAAUUUCCAAUCAAAUCGUUGCUUGAACAAAAAUCAGUGGAAACUGAGUUAACAUUGAAAGACGUAAAGAAGGGUUCACUUAAGGUUUUCCUCCAAUACUUUCAUCUAUCAACACAAAGAUCUGCUCUUGAUAUCAUUGAACGAACGAAUCGACAGAUGAUCAAACAAGAGAAAUUAUCCAAAGCUCUUUUGGUUGUCUUUAUUGAUCGAUGUACAAAUCUACCUCCUUCGAAAAAAACUCGUCGAGAACCGAAUCCAUUCUGUCGAGUUCAAGUCGAUAAUACUGAACGUAAAACUCAUACAUUGGAGUCUCAAACAAAUCCAUCGUUCGAGCAUAUCUCUCAAAUCUUAUGUUCGAAUCCUCUUCAACAACAAUUAACAAUUGAAGUGCGCGAUGCACGUUCGAAUAACGAUGUUAUCGGAUACUUAGAAUUACCGAUUAAAAAUAUUCUCGAUACUGACUCAAUGACGAUCGAUACACAAGAAUUUCCUCUGAAAAGUUCAACAGAACCUUUGGAUAGAGCCUCAAUCGUUCUUCGUCUAUCACUUCAUAUUUUAUCUCCAGUGAAUUCAAACGCGUCCGAAUCGUCAACAGCUAGUACCCCAUUAGUUGAAAAUUCAAGUCGACAAAAUACCGUGACAGAAUUGCCAAACAAAUCAAUAUUGCAAAAUGAUUUAAUACCAAAAUCUUUAAGCAAAUUCACAAACGAACAAGCGACAACACCGGAAAAUAAAACACUGUUAGUUGCCGAUGAUCCUGAUCUCGAAUCAUCCCAGUUCGGUCAAAUUAAAGUGGGUAUUCGUUAUGCUGCUAAUCGCAAAGCUUUAUCUGUAACGAUAUAUGCUUGCAAAGAUUUGAUCAAUGUUCAUGAGCAAAAUCUUCCGGACGCAUACGUUCGUGUUUAUUUGAUGCCGGAUUUCAAAAAAGAUAAGAAGAAAACCAAGUCCGUUCAUGACACAGUCGAUCCAGUUUUCGACGAUCUAUUUGAAUGGUCAGCAUCGUUAGGUGACAUUCAUCAACAACAUCUUCUGAUUAGUGUAAAGAACAAUUCACCGCUAUUUGCUAACGAACAAACAUAUAUGGGCGAUCUUCAAAUUGAUCUAUCGAAUCUUGACCCAGAAAAGAACAGUAUCGCUUGGUAUGCAUUACAAGAACCGAAUACCAGUGCCGGCGGUUUGAUCAAAAUCAAAUACGAUACUCCAAAUAAUGUGCAAACGCAUUUAUAG